UUUGAACGGCGGGGGGUGUGGGUGCGCCGGCCGGCCGACUGUCUGGUGCAGGAUCGCGAGACGCCUCGACCAGCGGUUGUAUGCCAGGAUCAGUAUGCUCAGUCCGAGCGCUUACAAGAUCCCUUUCGCCAUGCCGCCGAUGCCAAACUUAGGAAAACUCAGCCCGGACAAGGAGAAACCAGCAGAGCCGGCGCCCCGUCAGAUGCCGUUCGCCCAGGCCUACUCGGUGGGCCGGGUGCUGGGCAAGGGCGGCUUCGGCACGGUUUACGCCGGCAUCCGGAACCGUGACCGGCUGCCUGUGGCCAUCAAGCACGUGCUCAAGAGGAACGUCGGCAGCUGGGGAAUGCUCAACUACCAGCGCGUACCGCUGGAGAUCGUCCUGCUGAAGGAGGUGCAGAAUAUCGCGGGCGUCGUCAAGUGCUUCGAGUUCUACGAGCGCGCUGACAGCUUCAUCCUGAUUCUGGAGCGGCCCGACAACUGCAUCGACCUGUUCGACUACAUCUCGGACCGGGGCGCGCUGGACGAGCACGUGGCACGCAGCUUUUUCAAGCAAGUGGUGCGGACUGUGAUGGAGUGCCACGCGGCCGGGGUGGUGCACCGCGACAUCAAGGACGAGAACAUCCUGGUGGACCAGCGCACGGGCGAGCUGAGACUCAUCGACUUCGGCUCGGGCGCCCGCCUUAAGGACGGACUAUACACGGACUUCGAUGGUACGCGCGUCUACUCUCCGCCCGAAUGGGUGCAGCAUCGCAGCUACCACGGCGAGCCAGCCACCACCUGGUCGCUGGGCAUCCUGCUCUACGACAUGGUGUGUGGCAACAUACCGUUUGAGGAGGACCACCAGAUCAUCCGCGCCGAGCCGGCCUUCCGCGGCAGCCAGUCGCCGGAGGUGCGCGACCUGGUGCGCCGCUGCCUCUCGAUCCGGCCUGAGGACCGGUUGAGCCUGCAGGAGGUGAUGCGCCACCCGUGGAUGGAGGCCAGCCUGCCCGCCUCGCCGCCCACCAACAUUCCGGUGCGCCGCACGUCUGGCUCCCUCAGCUUCUCCGACAAGUCGAGCUCCAGCCAGGAGAGCGUUUGACGACCGGUGGCCGGUAGCUGGUGAUUUAGGCUCAGUGGCGGCCCGGUCCGCUGGACGGUGGCGCCUGGCGCUCGGCCCUGGCGCCUGGCGCCUCUCAUUGUACAUACCAUCGGAGCCAGAUCUGAGCGGCGCCGGGCGCGGCCGGCAGGUGCCACACAGUUUUAUUAUUAUGUUCCUAGUACGCUGCGGCGCGGCUGGUCUGACGGAGACGGCCGCCGGCCUCCUGCGCGGCUCACCGGAUACAGCGGAUGGAUGCGCGUGCCCGUGUAUAUUUAUUAUUAUAUAUUAUUGGAAGUUGUAGAGCGGGUGUGGUGCGCGUGCGUACGUGUUCAACUACGGAGUACUGUACUGUACAUAUCAGGCCGCCGGGAGACCUGCACUCGACUGUGGGAGGCGCAAGACGCGCGCCCGCGUGCGAGCAGAUUCCUAAACCAGUGCCAUGACACCAUGCAGGAAAACGUCACACUAACGUCUCGGAAGACCUCGCACAUUCGUCGGGGAUUGCGAAGCUCGUUCUAGCAAACCAAAGAUGUUCCAAAGUCAUCGCACCGGGGGAAUCGACUGGUCGCGGUGGCCGGUAGCUCUAGUCGAACGUUGCUGCUGAACCAUCAGUCCUGUCUGAACGCUGCCCUUCUCGGUCUUGUCUUGUGUGCUGACCCGCAUUGGGCGGGACCGUCGGUGUUGCCUUGUCUCACGUUUUAGCUCGGAACUGGCACUCAGUCAUGUCUGCGACCUUCUCUCUAAGGGCAUCAUCCAUUGUUGACCCGCGUAGUGGGUUUAGUAGCCGCGGCCGACGCCGUAUGUUGUGUUGUGUGUACAUACCCAGCAGCAAACAGAAGACGGUAUUUUUAUAUGAUAACGCGAUGGUAAAUACAAGUGUCAAAGUA